AUGGAUGGACGUCAACAGUAUGUCCCGGGCCCCCCGCCUUCCUCUCAAGGACAACACAUGAACCUGCCUCCGCCUCCGCCUCGACACCCACAAGCACAAACGUUGGUGCCACCUCCUCCUCCUGGCCCGCCUCCAGGGGCGACCUAUGCUCCGACAGGGUGGCAGCAAAACUGGGCCAGACCGGCGCUGAACCCAGGCUUCCCACCGCCGCCACCUCUCGCCCCCGCACCAAAUCAGCAUCUAACAUACGGUCGCCCACCAGCUCAGUUGUCGAUCGUUCCUCCGCGUCAUGAUCAUCAGCCUCUGACAUCCGCAACUUAUAUACCCGGGAACGAUACUAUUGGCGUCGGCAUUCCAGGGUUGUUCGACCCUCAUGGAAGAGCUCCAUAUGAUCCAUAUGCGCACACCAAUGCCGAGAGACAACGGUUGGGUCUCAGCCAAAUGCACGAUCACAUCAAUACUUCAAUCCCGUAUAAAACAGACCCAAACCUUCCGCAGACACCCGGGGGCCGCACUGUCUCUUCUCCAUACGCGCUUCAUGGCAACAUUCAUGAAUUAACGUCCAACGACAGUCCGCAGCAGCAGGCGACAGCCCAAAAUACCGAGCUUGUCAAAACUUCGAGUCAUCGUCACAAUAUCAGCGGUGCUUCUCUGGGUGGUCUAUCUCACAGCGAAGCUGCGAUCCAAUGGCCACUGGAUCGCGUGCUCCUCUGGCUUGCGAAGAAUGGAUUUUCCAACGAUUGGCAGGAAACAUUCAAAUCAUUGGAGCUCGAAGGGGCUGACUUCCUCGAGCUUGGCCACGGGUCCGGUGGGCGAGGAAAUCUUGGAAAAAUGCAUCAAGUGGUUUAUCCUCAAUUGUCAAAGGAGGUUGGCCGAAGUGGCAAGAAAUGGGAACCUGGCCGGGAACGAGAUGAAGGAAAGCGUAUGCGCAAACUCAUUCGUCAAAUCCAUGAUGGUUCGCAAGACUAUGCCGUUUCUACGCCACUGAAUCAGACGCAGCCGCCGGCGACUGCGUUUCCUGAAAACAGUGCGGCUUACUUUUCCAAUAAUUUCCCCGAGCCACGUUCUGCUGGCCCUAUCCCUGGUGUCAAUGAUGUGAGUCCGGAUCAUCUGAGUGCAUUGCACGCCUCCAAUCAGGGCCAGAAACCGACUGGGCAACGUUCUGUUACCAUGCCGGUCUCUGCUGGACACGAUUCGCCGAGAUAUAAUGACUCCCCGGCGCGAGAAAACUGGUUGCGUUCUGACCAUUUGCGGUCCGAGUAUACCCGCAAUGCCUUGUCGGGAAUGAACACCGACCAUCGACGCCAGAGUCCGUCCAUCGGCAGUGAAUCGGGCACUUUCCAGGGAUCAUCUCUUCGGCCCCAUGAAGAAAGCCCAAAGAGUGGCAGCCCGGCCAUGCAGCAUGCGUCGCCUGCUUAUGCAGGAGCAUUCUCUUCAUCCACUGGGGAUCUGACGUUGAGACAGUAUGAUCACUCUCGGGGCAAUAGCACCGACUCAAUCACUGGUUUCAGUCGGGGCGCCACAGCCCGGUACUAUGAAUCACGUAGACAAGGUCAAGAACUUGAAUCUCGCAGGCAAGGGCAAGAGGGUGCUCGUCCCUCGCCUCAAGAUGCCUCUGGUCGGCAGUGGAGUGACCAAACCUCGUCUUCGUACUCGAAAGAACAUAAAGGCUUCUUCUCUAAUAUUCUGAAGAAGAAGACAAAAGCUACAGCUUCCAAUCAGCCAUCUUCUGAUCAAGGGCACGAAGACUCGUCGCCUACCACGAGCCCGGAGACUCGCCCGAAUGAAGCCUAUCUCCCUUACAUAAAGCCUGCUUACAACUCCAGCGACAUGUCGGUCGGUGAGCGUCCAUCCACGGCGACCACAAAGGCGAAGAAAUGGAUAUUUGUCACCGCAGAUGGCUUGAACUUCCGGCUGAUUGACAUCACCGAUUUGGACUCUUUUGAUUCAUUGCGUAUGGGGAUCUGUCAAAGCCUGGCGGUCGACCCGGCCAGUGCUCAGAUUUACCUCACUCAGCCCGGGCAGAACGAGCAUGAGGACCCUCUAAGUGACGCAAACCUCGCACAGUCGCGUCGAAGCAAGUCAGAUGCAUACGGUUCUCUCAAGCUCUUUGUACGAGGGACUCCCAUGCUUCCUAUGCUAUCUAAUACCCCUCAAGUCGAUGGCCUGGGAGUUUCAUUCGCAGAAAAGCCCAAUAUGUCCCCCACGGCAACACAUCACCAGGUCCACAGGAAGCCCCUGGACGAGGAUGCCCUUAUGAGGCUAUCACCGCAUCGCACCAGGCCGGAAUCUCCAUUGUUGGGCUCUCGGCAAAAUACUCUCAAGCCUCCGACAGGGAAAGCAUCCCCGGCAGAGGCUGUACAGGACGCAAGCCAGGCUCUUGGGUCUGACAAAUCCGAUUUGCUCGCUCGCCACGAGGAGCAUCUCCGUGAAGUCGAACGUAAACAAAAACAAUAUUUGCAAUCCAAAACGCCACACUCUCAGCAGAAUAAGAAUGCCUACAGUGAAACCGGGUACAGGAGAAACGAAGUCAUUGACUUUGAUAGUCCUCGUAUCUCGCCUUACGAUGAAAAGAAGGGAGAUACGCUUGUACCACUUCGCAAACCUCCAACGGCGCCAAUAGAGUCCAACACUCUUACCAAGGUCAAUUCUCUCAGCAGGAGACCCACCACUCGUGAAUCUCGUGAACCUCGGAUGCAGCCGUCCUUGGGCGCUGCCAUUGCCAGCGUUGGCCGCAUUACAAGUGCCGUUGGCACACCAUUGCCUUCGGUACCAGCUGUAUCUCAGUCUCCAGCCAACGCUCAAGACAGUGCAAGCUCCGAGUCUGAUCGACCAGGAACAUUUGACUCUACUGGAACCUUUUCAAGUAGAACAACCCUCGGUCAGUAUAUGCAUGAUACAGCGCGGAUUGAUCAAUCUCCCGCUGACUAUCUUCCAGACUCUUCGAGGUCGCCUUCGAAGAUGGCCACAGAGCGCGAGAAACCACCUGUCUCGUUUGCCAGCCAGUCGCCCGAAAAGCCUGUUUCUGAAAACCCGCCGAGACCGGGCUUGCAAUCGCGCAAGUCGUUUGGUCCAGAGUUUGACUUUGAGGAGAAUCAAGUAUCCUUCCAGCGAACUCCUCAACAACAACAAGACUCGGAUGAUGACUCAGAUGAUGACUCGGACGAUGGCUUAUUCCAAGUCCGACCUUCAAGGGCCCAGGAAGAACAGAGACAAGCGCAAGCUGAGGCCGAAAAGAAGUCGGAGAGGCCGUCACUGACUGUGAACACAAAAGAUCAAUUACGAUCAAAAUUGUCUGUCAGAUUCAAAUCUCCGAGCACUGCCGGUCCCAGUUCCAGCGGAGAGGCAUCUGAUGGGAAGGAACCGGCUUCUAGUACCUGGGGACCAGUCUCACCUGAAGAUGAGAGGCCUGUACCACGGCGAGAGUCAUUUGCCCGAGAUAUCUGGGCAAGCAGACCUGCCGUCGAAGGCGUUAUCGACCACCUCGAUGACUUCUUCCCUGACGUUGAUCUUGACGCUCCCUACUUGGAUGAGCCCUCAUCGCCCAAUACCAAGGCUAUCGGCGAACAUGACGCAAGCCUCAAAGACAAAAAGGAAGCCCAGCCACCUAUUCCGCAUGCAACUCAUGCGCCUGGUACAGCUCCGGUGAGACCACCCGAACCUGUCAAUUUCGCUCGACAGAAACUUGCUCGUGGUGGCGGCGGUGGCGGCGGACUAUCUCGCAUGAAAUCCAUUCGACAGGUGGCCCAGGGAGCGAACCGGACAAACAGCAUUAGCAAUGCUGGUCCCCAAAGGUCGGGUGAUCUUCUGCGCCGAAAGAGUACCAAGAUGUUCGGCGCCAAAAUUAUGCAAAUCAGGCCCAAGCCAGGCACCCGGCUUAGCCAACUCGAUCCGAUUCCGCAAAACAGCACCCAACUGUCCAAUACCGGGCCUGUUCCUCAGCGACAACCCACUUUCCGCAUCAUUCGUGGUCAGCUCAUCGGCAAAGGUACUUACGGUCGCGUAUACCUAGGCAUGAACGCAGACAAUGGUGAAGUUUUGGCAGUCAAACUAGUCGAGAUCAACCCGCGAAUUGCAGGCGCAGACAAAGACCGCAUCAAGGAGAUGGUCGCCGCCCUAGAUCAGGAGAUUGACACGAUGCAGCACCUCGAACAUCCCAACAUCGUACAGUAUCUUGGAUGCGAGCGUGGCGAAUUCUCCAUCUCAAUUUACCUGGAGUAUAUCUCGGGUGGAUCUGUAGGCAGUUGUCUGCGCAAGCACGGCAAAUUCGAAGAAAGUGUUGUGAGAUCACUGACACGGCAAACCUUGGGCGGACUGGCAUACCUGCACGACAAGGGAAUCCUCCACCGUGACCUGAAAGCAGACAACAUCCUCCUGGAUCUCGAUGGCACGUGCAAGAUCUCCGACUUCGGUAUCUCCAAGAAAACAGACGACAUCUACGGCAACGACUCGUCCAAUUCCAUGCAGGGCUCCGUCUUCUGGAUGGCCCCGGAGGUCAUUCAGUCCCAGGGCCAGGGUUACAGUGCCAAGGUCGAUAUCUGGUCCCUUGGCUGUGUGGUGCUGGAGAUGUUCGCUGGCCGUCGACCUUGGAGCAAGGAGGAGGCCAUCGGUGCUAUAUUCAAACUCGGCAGUCUGAGCCAGGCUCCACCGAUUCCGGAUGAUGUUUCUAUGAACAUUAGUCCUGCGGCUCUUGCGUUCAUGUACGACUGCUUCACAAUUGACUCGGCUGAACGCCCUACUGCUGGCACUCUGCUCACCCGCCAUCCCUUCUGCGAGUCCGAUGCGAAUUACAACUUCCUAGAUACGGAGUUGUACGCCAAAAUUCGUCAUGUUCUUUAA